AUGGCCAGAUGUAGCAAGCAGCAGUUAUGCGAGCAAUCUGGAGCGACAGUGUGGGGUGGAGAAGGAGGCUCUGUAUCUGUAAAAUUCCACAUCAAGUAUCUUGAGAAUGAUGAAGUCUGUAAUUAUGUGGAGCUUGAGGAGAUCAUAGAAAGGCAUAAAGAAGAGUUAGAUGAGAUAAGGAAGAAAUAUGAAGACCUUGAGAGCUAUUGUGACCAUAUUGAUGAUUUGGAAGAAGAGGUUCAAUAUAAAAUUGUGAUACUCAACAUCUGGAUGAACAAUGUGGAAUGGCUUGACAUGCAAACAAAUGCUCAGAGGAAGAAGAUAGAGGACCUCACCAGCCCUCACAUUGAAGAUGAGAUGGAGAGGUACCAAGCUGAUGCUGUUAUCAGAGACACAAUCAUCAACUUCAUAGAUCAUGCAUUCCUGUAA